CUCGCUUCAAAUCAGAAGAUGAUAAUCUAAAUAACUCGUCGGCGAACAAUCACAGUGAUACGUUUUUAUCGAGAGUUUUUGGACUUCACUCUAUCUAUAAUCAGUUGCAAGAGAAUUAUCAGUAUUAUGAUUCGGAAAUUGACUCAUUAAACUAUAAUAAUAACUCAAUUCAUUCAUCUGUAGAUGAGAAUGACUCUCCGUUGCUUAAGCCAGUGGCCGAAUCUUCGAAAAAUGUGUUGAACUCGGAGUCUGAUCUGGAUCUAUCGUCCGAUUCAGACCAGGAUAAACCCCAUAAUAUUGCUCCAUCUCCCCCAAUAGUUGAAUCAAAUUACCGCCAAAGAAAUACUACAAGCACUCCAAGCCAGCAGGACCAAGCACCAUAUGCUAACGAAGAAGAAAAAUCGCCUCCUCAUAAGAUUAAGUUUGAAACUCCUAAUAUAAAAAAAGCUAAGAAGAUGAUAUUCGGUUCAAAUAAAGAUGAUUCGACUCCACUACCAAUCUACAAUAAACCUCAACAGUUUCGUAAACAGUCACCCCAAAAUGGAGUUUCUGAACAUACUUCCUAUCAAGCGAAAACUCAUCGAAAUCGUCGUUUGGUUAUCCCACCUCGUGAAAGAGCAUUAUAUCUAUGGGCUAACAUUGUCAAUAUGGAUGAGUUUUUAAUUGAUUUAUAUUAUUAUUAUCGUGGCAAAGGAUUGACCAAUAUUGUCUUGAGUAGAAUAGUUAAUUUGAUAAUCUUGAUCUUCAUAUUGGGAUUCACGGUUUUCCUAAAAUAUGGAAUUGAUUAUAAUUUCUUCUUUAAUGAAUGGAAUUCAAAUUUGAACCAACCAAUCACUUUAGGUGAUUUGAUAAUACCAAAUUUUUUUUGGAACAAUAUUCCAUUUUCAAUAAAAUUUCUAUUAUUUGGGUUCUCUUGCUAUUUGGUUCUUCGAGUAAUUCAAUUAUACUUUGAUUAUAAAUUUAAAUUAACAGAAAUAAAAAAUUUCUAUACUCAAUUAAUUGGCAUUUCAAAUGAUGAUGAACUUAUGACUAUUUCAUGGAUUACUAUAGUGGAAAGAUUAAUGCUUUUAAAAGAAUUCAAUACGCUAACUUCAAAUAACGAUAAUUUACCUCCUCAUUAUUUAAAUGAUUUAAAUUCAAAAAUUAGAUUAAAUGCUCAUGAUAUUGCUAAUAGAAUAAUGAGAAAAGAAAAUUAUAUGAUUGCUUUAAUCAAUAAAGAAAUCCUCGACUUAUCGAUCCCAUUAACUUCAAAUAUCCCUUUAUUGAAAAACUUCUUCAAUACAAGAUCGGUUUUAACCAAAACUUUAGAAUGGAAUUUAAAAUUAUGUAUAAAUAAUUUUGUUUUCAAUAAUAAUGGUCAAAUCAAUUCAAAAAUCUUAAAAGAAGCAAAUCGUUACCAAUUAUCAAGAGAAUUACAAUCAAGAUUUAAAAUGGCUGCAAUUAUAAAUUUAUUGCUUUGCCCAUUUAUCGUGAUUUAUUUCGUGUUAUUAUAUUUUUUCAGAUAUUUUAAUGAAUAUAAAUCAAAUCCUUCUUCGAUUAUUGGCUUGAGACAAUAUACUCCAUGGGCAGAAUGGAAAUUAAGAGAAUUCAAUGAAUUGCCUCAUUUUUUCAUUAAAAGAUUACAUUUAUCAAUCGGACCAGCAAAUACUUAUAUUAAUCAAUUUCCGGGUGGAUUUUUAAUCAUUAAUUUAAUGACUUUACUAAAUUUCAUUUCUGGUGCUAUUACUGCUGUGUUGGUUAUUAUGGGUAUUUGGUUUGAAGAUGAAGAUCAUAGAUUUUGGUCUUUUGAAAUAACUUCUAAUAAAAGUACUUUAUUCUAUAUUAGUUUGUUUGGUACUUUAUGGGCUGUUACUUCAAAUUCAUUGCAAAAUUCAACAAUUUCAAAUAGUUCAGAAAAUUUGAAUAAUCAAUCUCUGUCAUUUUUUUAUGAUCCUGAAGCAAGCUUAAGAUAUGUUUCACAAUUUACUCAUUACUUGCCAAGUUCUUGGAAUGGUAAAUUACAUACAGUCGAAGUUAAAAAUGAAUUUUGUGAAUUAUAUAGUUUAAAAAUUUUAAUCAUUAUUAAUGAAAUUAUUAGUUUGAUUUUAACUCCAUUCAUAUUAUGGUUUAAAGUUUCAAAUUGUUCAGGUUCAAUUGUGGAUUUUUUCAGAGACUAUUCAAUACAUGUUGACGGCUUAGGAUACGUGUGUUCUUUUGCAAUGUUCAAUUUCGAAGAAAAAGAUAAGAAUAUGAUGUAUGACUUUAAUAAACGUCGUCAACUGAAAAAAUUACGUCAAAAACAGAAAAAAUUCCAAAAAAGAAAAAUGGCAAACGACAAUAUCGAAUUAGAGAAUAUCAAACCAAAGCAUACUCAUUCAGAUUCCAAUUCUGAUACUGAAUCCGACGAAUCAAGCUUCAAUGAUGAUUACCACGAUGAUAAAAUGAUUAAAUCUUAUAUGUACUUUCUUGAAAGCUAUGCAGGUCAAAAAGAAAAACCUUCUAAAAGCCUUGCAAACAAUAAUAUCAAAAGCCAACCUAGAGAAGCAGGUCCUUCUCCUUCCAUCAUGAUUCAAAGACAAAAACAAAAGAAUGGCUUCAAUUCUAAUUCUCCAAAUCUCAGCUUGAGUGAAUCUGCUUACAAUGUUAACUAUAAAUUAGCCCCCGAUGAUGAAUUAUCGGAUGACGGCAUAGAAACAAAAGGUGCCAGAGGUAAAAAAGGGGUAUUGGGGAUGUUAAACCAAUUCUAUAAACAAGAUAGUAGUAGAUAAACCUCUUGAUUGUAUAUAUUUUGCAUCUAUUUCAC